ACCAAUCAGAUUGUCCGUCUCGGACCGGAAGCUCUGUUGUUUACAAGAUGGCGGCGGGGAUGUAUUUGGAGCAUUAUUUGGACAGUAUAGAAAACUUGCCCUUCGAGUUGCAGAGAAACUUCAAUUUGAUGAGGGAUCUGGAUCAACGCACAGAGGAUCUGAAGGGACAGAUAGACUCUCUGGCUAAGGAGUACACAGCCAACGCCCGGACUCUCUCCUCUGAGCAAAAGCUGUCCAUACUGAGGCAGAUUCAGCAGUCUUACAGUAAAUGCAAGGAGUUCGGAGAUGAUAAGGUGCAACUGGCCAUGCAGACCUAUGAGAUGGUCGACAAACACAUCAGACGUCUUGACACAGAUCUGGCUCGGUUUGAGGCUGACUUGAAGGAAAAACAGAUCGAGAGCACGGACUAUGAUUCCACCUCCAGUAAGGGGAAGAAAGCUGAAACCAGACAGAAGGAAAAGAAGACGGCUAAAACAAGGUCUAAAGUGAAGAGUUCAGAUGAAGAUGGCAGUCCCAAGAGUGCACAGAAGAAAGUCAAACUCCUUCAGCCAGGAGAAUUCAACAGCCCUGCCGCCAACUUUGGGAAUGUGCACCCAUCUGAUGUGCUGGACAUGCCAGUGGACCCCAACGAACCCACUUACUGUCUGUGCCAUCAGGUGUCUUACGGCGAGAUGAUCGGCUGUGACAACACUGAUUGCUCCAUUGAGUGGUUCCAUUUUGCAUGUGUGGGCCUGACAACCAAACCAAGAGGCAAAUGGUAUUGUCCACGGUGCUCUCAAGACAGAAAGCGAAAAUAAAAACACCUGGAAGAAAACGUGCUCACUGAUCCGAUGGAAAAUGAGAAGAAUAUUUCUUCAUUAGUUACUAGAAUUUUUGUUUCUCAUCUUCCUUAACAUUUGGUGCUUUUAUUUCUUUUUUUGGUUUACGUAAUUUGCCUUGCUCUGAUGCAGUGUGUAUGUGUGAAGGAGCCAAGUGGUUACAAAUAUAUUUAAAUAUUGAUUUUUUUCUUAACGGUUAACAAUAAUUUUGUUUCUUUUUUUAGUUACAUUUGGUGCUAUUAUUGUGAUUUCUUUUUUUACAUUUUGUUUUACACGUAAAUAAUAAACACUACAGCUGCCCCUAAUGGUUUAACAUUUCCAAGUUGUCACGAUACUUUAUACUAUAUUCACAUGUACAACUACAAAUUCAAGUAUUUUGCUCUUACAACAGUUUGGCCCUGGUUAUUUUUUUGCUCCAUUGUAUAGUUAGUUUCUUGUGCGUAGCCUUGGAACACUAGAUUUAUGUUUUAAGUAUAUCAAGAGGGCAAAAGAACAUGAAGACAAGUGCUGCAUCCUGACAGUAUUAGUCAUCUGUAGGUAGUAAGUUAAACCAUUUCAUUUUAACAUUUGAUUGAGUGCUGUAUAGAAAGUAAGACAUUUUGUGAAAAGUAUUGUCAUUUCUGUAGCUGAAACAUUGGUACAGUGGAGAAGGGGUGAUUGUGU